GAGCACAGAACAUACAUAAAGCAAGUACGUAUCAGAAGAAGAAGCACUGAAGAAAGAAGAGCUCAGGAACAAUGGCCCACCUGACACUAAUUGCCAGAGCCAGUGAUGGACUACCUCUGUCCUCAUCCAUUGUCAAUGAAGAGUCUGGCCGGGAUUAUGCUGAAUACCAACCCAAGGCCAAGCAGAUAUUCCGCAAGCUGUCGUCAGUCAGCCCCCCUCGAUGCUCAAUCGAGUGUGACCCGGGUCGUAUGGUGUUCCACUACAUCCUUGAGGAGGGGAUAUGCUACCUCGCCCUGUGUGACCCCACCUAUCCUGCCAAGCUGGCCUUUAACUACCUCGAGAAUCUACACAAAGACUUCAGUGAGCAACAUGGCAACGAUGUACACAAGGCCAGUCGACCGUACCACUUCAUUGAGUUUGGUCUCAGUGACAAAGCGGGGAAGCUUGUCGACUACUCUCGUAUGGCUGAUCAGCUAAUGCAGCAUGUGAGCAUCUCCUUGCUACUGUGGAUUGGUUCUGGACUGCUAGUUCAUACUCUUGUCUAUUGGAGACAAUAUCUGCCAAGUUUCACCAGAGAUGUGUACAAGUAUGGUAAGCUGAGGAGUGAGAGUGACUGGAGCUGGAUGAUCCAUAGUGUGCCCAAGACUCAAGGAGGUGGUUCACCCACUUCUACGUGUGGGGGAUGGUGUGGAACUACUCUGUAUUCCUCUACUAUACCAGCCACUGUCUACUGCACACAAGACUACCGCUAUUGGGACCAACAGCACUGCUGCAUUUGAAUUCAGACUCACCCCUUGCUGGCCUGAUUGUAGCCACUCUUUUGUUCCUCUGGGCCUACACGCAUCAGUACCGAUGUCACGUCAUCCUUGCACAACUCAGAGCAGCCAAGAACAAGCCACAGUACGGCGGCUGUCACUGCCAAGCAGACUCACGUUUGCUAUAGACACAAGUUUGAGGACUAUCCAAACAACAGACAAAUUGUUAUGACCAUUUGUUUAUUAGUUGCUAAUAUAAUUUAUGCUAUGUACAUGCAGUACUGUAUGGUAUCAUUCAUAUUCUCCAAUCAAUAAUCUAUCAAAUUAAUGAUUGAAAAAAUUAAUUUUGAA